AUGUCGGCUCUUUCGGAUUUUGUGAAUGAAUAUCGUUCCAAGACUGGUACUUCAACUUCUACACGAACAUUCAAUGUUGCUAAUCUGGGCUCUAACGUUGCUAAUGCGUUCAAAGGCUAUUUGAGAACGGAUGUUGAUGGAGACACGGAAGCUUUGACUGAUACACCGAGUACUAGCGGCUCUAUGCCUCAAAGUCGAAAUCGGUAAGGUUUUUUUUGUUAUUUUUUUGAAUUUUAGGUUGGAGAAAGGUGUUAAUGGCGAUUUUUUUGGAUGUUAUGUUAGAUUUAGAAGUGUGUCUUUGGUGUUAAGGAACACAAUUAGAUGUUACAACACAUAGUUUCUUGAUUUUAAAGAUUUUGGAUAUCUUUUUUUUAUCUAAUACUCAAAUUUUUAGCCGUCUAGGAGGUUGGUUUGGCUUUGGAAGCGAUGAAACACAGUGUUGUGGACUAUCACGGCUACAGAGGAUUGCAUUCUUCUUCAUGUGCAUAAUUGGAGCUGCUUUUUGUUUCGGCACGGUAAGUAUUGGUGGUAUGGCCAUGAAUUUAGAAAUUUUGAUUGGAAUAGAGUUUUGCUUGAUGUUAAGGUAGACUCAUCAAAAGUUUUUGAUGUUUUUAUCUGUUUUGAAUUCUUGUUUUUGGGUUUUUACCAUUCUUAGACUUAACUAUAAUGUUUUUGUAAAGAAAAGUUUGUUUUUGAGGGUUGGAAGAUUAAGUUUAUAUUUUUUUAGGCUAUAUUAUUGUUGCCGAUGUUGAUUGUAAAUACGAGAAAGUUUGCUUCAUUGAACACUCUUGGGUCUGUGUUCUUUAUUAUAAGGUGAGUAUUGAUGUUUCGUCUUUUUCAUGAUGAGGCAGUGGUGGGGGUUUAUUUUUUAAAUGUUUUAGGAGCUAGUAGGGUCUUACAAAAGUUUUGCCGUUCUUUAACUCGAAAUUUUUUGUGAUUCGGCGACAAAACUUUGGUAACAGCAACAUGUAUUGUAAUUGGUUCGGUUUAUUACGAAAAUUUUUAGUUUCGGAUUCUUAUGGGGUCCAAUUCCGUAUGUACAGUUUCUAUUCACUCCACAGAGACGAUAUGUCACAGCAGCUUACUUCAGCUCGGUUGUCCUUACCUUAUACACAUCAUUAUGGGUAGGUUUACAGUUUUUGAACUUAUGCAAAUUUCGGAGUUUAGGUUUUUUCCCAAAUUUUGAAGCUGACAAAACGUUUUUGCUUAAGUUUUAAAGCUUAGGAUAGGGAAAUUGAAUUGAAAGUAUUAAAAAAUGUCUUUUACUCUAAUAUAUGGCCCAUUGAUCAUAGUUAAGACACUUUAUUUGGUAACUUUACACAUAUCUAGUCAUAUUAA